AUGGAAAUUUACGUAAAUCUUUUGGCAAAUAUAAUUGUAACAAAUUACUUUUCAACAACAAAGUGUUUGUACGUUUUUACAGACAGCAAAUCAACGUAUAAACAUUUCGAAAAUAUUCCUGCAAUAAUUGUUGAUGUCGAAUUAAUGCGAAAUAAUCCAAAUGUUUACACCAAAUUUUAUUGCGAUCAUUUUCUAAUUAAUACCGAGAAAGCUAACGAAACGUUUGAGGAAAUUGAAAAUUUGAUUCGUUACGGAGAGAAUCGGUUUCAUUUUAGAAGUUAUUUAGUUUUACCGACGAGAAAUCUUGAUAGAAAUACCACCUCAAUUUUUGAAAGGAAAAGUGUUGAUUUUGUUGCGAAUAUUUUGGCGGUUUUUCCUGAUAAAUUAAGUAAUUCAGAUGAAGGAAUAUUUAACUUAUACACACAUAAAUACGCUGCGUACCACGAUUAUAACCAAGUUUAUUUACUGGAUAAAUGGUUUUCGAAAAAUUCGAGUUUUUUAUUUGGAAAUAAUUUAUAUCCUGAUAAAUUAAGUAAUCAAGGCGGAAGAAUUUUAAGUAUUGGAACCAUAACUUACAAGCCAUAUUCAGUAAUUGAUUAUUUAGAUGGAACAGAAUUAAGCGCCGUUUUAGAAGCAGCUUGUAAGUACAACAUGACGAUUACAGUGACUGAUUUUGAUGGUGAUUGGGGUGAUGCUUUUGAAAAUUUUACUGGAGAUGGUGUAUUGGGAAAUUUAGCCAGAGAUAAAACUGAUAUAGGAUUUGCUUCGCUAUUUAUGUAUUCUUCAACUUAUCAGUACCUUGAUGUUACAACUCCAUUAGUACAUACUGGAAUAACUGCUUUAGUUCCAUCACCAAAGCUACUAGGAGGAUGGUUCACUCCAUUCCUCUCAUUUUCAAUUUCAAUGUGGGUCGCAUCAAUAAUCUCAAUUAUAUUCUGUUUCUUAGCCAUUUUAUUCGUCAGCACCUUUCAUACGUUUAUUACAAAAGAAACUCAACCUGUAAAAGAAACCGCUAUUAUUACAUUAUUAGAAACAGAAGCCUUAUUUUUGGGAAAACCCGUUUCAAAACUUCCCCUCGAGUUUUAUUCAAGAAUCGUAUACGCGUUAGCGAUGAUUCUUAGCUUGGUUAUGGCUACAAUUUAUACCAGCGGUUUAGCAAGCACCAUGACGGUUCCGAAAUAUAGAGGAACAAUAAGAACUUUAAAAGAUCUCGCUGAACGGGGAAUUCAUUGGGGUGCAACUUCUAUUGUUUGGAUUGCUUCUAUUUCAGACUCAGAUAAUCCGAUUUAUCAACAAAUUGUUAAAAGUUUUGUUAUUGCCGACGUUGAUAAUUUAACAAGAUUAAAUUCAGAGGAAUUUGGAUACGCUAUUGAGCGUUUACAAGAAGGAAAUUAUGCUCUGGGUGAUUACAUCACUGAGGAUGGUGUUAAACGACGAAGAUUGAUGGACGAGAAUCUUUUUAACGAUUACAUUGUGAUGUACACCAGAAAAGGAUCAAUUCUUUUACCACUAAUUAAUAAAGUGGUUCUUGAAGUAUCUCAAGCUGGAUUAGUUGAAUAUUGGGAGGAUUUGGCUAUAUCAAAAUAUUCAAGCACUACAAUUCAAACUAUCGUAAGAUUUUCUGUUCAAUCACCAAAACCGGUGAUUACACCUUUAACGUUUAAUCACGUCGAAGGGGCUUUUAUUAUUUGGGCAGAAUAA